UGAAACCUAAAAUUAAAAUUUUUUUUUUAAAGAAAAUAAUAAAAAAUGGAGAUAGAUAGGAAGCGACAGCCGACACUUGGCGUCUCCACAAAGCCCUAAUAUAGAGAAGAAGAAGGUACGCAGCCAAAUUAGCCACCAGAAAUAAAACAACAACAACAAAGAAAGGAAAAAAAAGAAAAGAAAAGAGUGUAAUUCAGAGCAGGAAUUUGUAUAAAAAAAAUUUAAAAGUAUAUACGUCAAUCUUGGGUUCCCUUUGUUGUUUUUUCUUUUUUUUUUUUUUGGUUUUUGGAUUACGUUUUCCCUCAAUUUUUGUUUCUUGAUUUCUGUUGUUUAGAAUUGCUGUAGUUCAUCGCUUGGGUUGUUUGCUUUCUGAAUUUGUUGUUUAUGGAGUUUUCUGUGUAAAUUUUGUGGGAACUUGACCAUUAGUAGUGAGGGUUUUUUUUUUUUUUUUUUUUUUUUGGGCUUUGGAAUCUUUGUGUUCUCUGGUCUGGUGGAAUCUGUUUUGAGGAGUUCUAUUCAUAUGAGCUCUUAAUUGGGGGAGCACUGUGGUUUGAAUGGAAUAGCCAAGCUAAACUCUAGGGACUUUGAGUAUCUUUUGCAUGUGAGGUUUUUGCAAAUCGUCUUGUAGUGAUUGGUUUUUGUUUCCAAGGUCAAAUGAUCUUGAAUUUGGAGUGAUAUUUUGGUGGUUGGAUCCGGUACUGGUUCUUAUUGAAUUAGAUUCUUUGAUACUUGGGAGGAGAUGAAUUUCAAAGAUUUUGGGAAUGACCCAUCUGCCGGGAACGGCGGCGGAGGUGGAAGGCCUCCGGCGAACUAUCCAUUAGCGAGACAAUCAUCGAUCUACUCACUGACCUUCGAUGAGUUCCAAAGCAUGGGUAGUAUAGGAAAGGAUUUUGGGUCAAUGAACAUGGAUGAGCUGUUGAAGAACAUUUGGAGCGCUGAAGAAAUGCAAACAAUGGCAUCUUCUGCUGCUGCUGUUGGUAAAGAAGGGGGUGGUAGUGCUGGUGGUAGUAGUGGUUAUUUGCAGAGACAGGGGUCUUUGACGCUGCCUCGAACACUCAGCCAGAAGAAGGUGGAUGAGGUAUGGAAGGAUAUAAUCAAUGAACAUGCUAGUGCUAAAGACGGAGCUACCGUUGCUCCUAAUUUGCAACAGAGGCAGCAAACUCUUGGGGAGGUGACCCUCGAAGAGUUUUUAUUCAGAGCUGGAGUGGUGAGAGAGGAUACUCAAGUGACUGCAAACCCCAACAAUGGAGGGUUCUUUGGCAACAACACUGGUUUUGGAAUUGCUUUUCAGCGGCAGGCGAAAGUUCCUGAAAAUAACAAUCACAUUCAGAUUCAAUCGUCGAACUUAUCGCUGAAUGCCAAUGGAGUUAGAGCACAUCAGCCGCAGCCAAUAUUUCCAAAGCAGGCUACUUUGACUUAUGGCUCUCAGUUGGCUUUACCCAGUGAUGGGCAGCUGGCUAGUCCAGGAAUUAGAGGAGGAAUUAUGGGGAUUGCAGAUCAAGGGCUGAAUACAAAUUUGAUGCAAGGCUCUGCACUGCAAGGUGGAAGAAUGGGAGUGGUCAAUAUAGCAGCUGCUCCGUUACCUAUUGCCACAGAAUCGCCUGGGAACCAACUAUCCUCUGAUGGAAUCGGAAAGAGCAAUGGUGAUACCUCUUCAGUGUCUCCUGUGCCUUACGCGCUUAAUGGUGGAAUCAGGGGGAGGAGAGGUAAUGGGAUUGUCGACAAAGUUGUGGAGAGGAGGCAACGGAGAAUGAUUAAAAACCGAGAGUCUGCUGCAAGAUCACGGGCGCGAAAGCAGGCUUACACAAUGGAAUUGGAAGCAGAAGUUGCAAAGCUAAAAGAGGAGAACCAAGAACUCCGUCAGAAACAGGCAGAAAUCAUGGAAAUGCAGAAGAACCGGGCGUUGGAAGUAAUGGAUAAGCAACAAGGAAUCAAGAAACAAUGUUUAAGACGAACACAGACUGGCCCAUGGUGAUUUUGGAGGACAAUAUCUGAUAUCAGGCCGAAAAUAUAACGUCAUAGAUGGAGGUGUACAUAUAAUUGUUCUGCCGUAUGUGCUCUGGUAGCAUAUGUCUCGGGGUGUCUUGCUUAUGCCGGGUAUCUUAUUCACUUCGAGGUGGAUCAUCAGGAGUUCAGUAUCUUCUAAGUGGAAGCAAAGCACAUUUGGAUUCGUUUUCUGGAAAUACUACUUCACACAGCUCCUCCUCCACCCUCCUGCCAUGGAGAGAGAAAUAAGUUCUUUUUGUGGCAUUUCCUGAUAUGGCCCUACUGCUGCUGCUGGGGUUUGUUGUGAGUAAAUGCCAAUCCUAAAUGCAGGACUCAUCAGGUUCAAUUCAUUGGCAUGUCAAUGGCGCUGCAACUGCCAUUUGAUUUUCCUUUGUAAUCUUUGCAUCUUGAUGCUUUUUUUUUUUUGACUUCUGCCUCAGUUGUUAGUUUUAGAUUAGCCAAACUAAAAACAUACAUAUCCGUUAUUUUAUAAAAAUCUUGAUUCUCUUACUGGAA